AUGUAUAUAUAUAUACAUAUGUGCGUGCGUAUGCGUUGAGCGUACGUUUGGUUUGACAUUCGUUUCACAUUGCGUUUCAAAGCUGCCAGUUGUGACCACUUUGGUUGAUUUUCGGGAAAAUGCGGCUUUCCCGUUUUUUCACAGAUCCCCGUCGACUCGGCGCUUAAAGUAUACCGAUCGUUUCUGGAAUCAGACAUCAGUAGUCGUUACUAACAAGCACACAAAAUGCGUAGCAGAAGCAACUCUGGCGUCCGUUUGGACUAUUACCAACGGAUUGUCCACAAAAUAAUCAUGAAUUAUCAGAAUCCUGUUACUGGACUCUUUCCCGCAAGUGCUGACAACGACCAUGCCUGGAUACGGGAUAAUAUUUACUGUAUACUCGCUGUCUGGGGUCUAUCGAUGGCCUAUAAAAAGAUAGCCGACGCUGACGAGGAUAGAGCAAAAACUUACGAACUCGAGCAGAGCUGUGUCAAGUUAAUGAGGGGUCUCCUGAUGGCAAUGAUGCAGCAGAAGGAGAAAGUGGAAAAGUUCAAGUCUACUCAAAAUCCACACGAUGCCCUGCAUGCAAAGUACAGCUCUACCAAUGGCCAAACCGUGGUUGGGGAUACCGAGUGGGGACAUCUUCAAAUUGACGCGAUUUCUCUAUAUCUUUUGAUUCUGGCCCAAAUGACAGCCUCUGGCUUGCAGAUUGUUUUCAACUUGGAUGAGGUGGCUUUUAUUCAGAACUUGGUAUUUUACAUCGAAUCUGCCUAUUGCACUCCGGACUACGGUAUUUGGGAAAGAGGGGAUAAAACGAAUCACGGUUUGCCGGAAUUGAAUGCAAGUAGUAUCGGAAUGGCCAAAGCCGCGAUGGAGGCAAUGAACGAAUUGGAUCUGUUCGGCGCAAGAGGUGGACCUACGUCGGUUAUUCACGUUCUGGCCGACGAGGCGCAGAAGUGUCAGGCAGUGCUGCAAUCCAUGCUGCCCAGAGAGUCGAACUCCAAAGAGUUGGACAGUGGUUUGCUGUCGAUCAUAAGUUUCCCUGCGUUUGCAGUGGAUGAGCCUAAUUUAAUUCACGAGACACGCGAGGCCAUUAUCAAAAAAUUGCAAGGACGAUACGGUUGUAAAAGAUUUUUAAGAGAUGGAUAUAAAACGCCAAAGGAGGAUAUGAAUAGAUUGUAUUAUGAACCAUGGGAGCUCCGUAUGUUUGAGAACAUUGAAUGCGAGUGGCCGUUGUUCUUCUGUUAUUUAAUAUUGGAUUACUGCUUCCAAGGUAAUAAAGAAGCAGUUGAGACGUGCACCAGACAGUUGGAGGAAGUAAUGAUUAAAGGGGAAGAUGGUAUGAAAUUGGUGCCUGAAUUAUACUCGGUCGCACCUGAGAAUGUAUCAGCGGAGUAUGCUGAGCCCGGUAGUCAAACUCGAAUAGCUUUAGGCAGAUGUCCAUUUAAGUGGGCGCAAUCUCUUUAUAUUCUAGGAAAAUUGCUGCAAGAGGGAUUUCUCGCGGUUGGCGAGUUAGAUCCCUUAAAUAGACGAUUAUGUAGCGAGAAAAAGCCGGAUGUUGUAGUACAAGUAGUUAUCUUGGCAGAAGACACAGAAAUCAGGGAAAAAAUUGCGCAGCACGAUAUUCAUGUACAAACAAUUGCCGAGGUUUCACCGAUUGAAGUACAACCUGCAAAAGUUCUCAGUCAUUUGUACACGUAUUUAGGACGCAACAAAAAAUUGGGACUGUCCGGGCGUAAGUCAAGGGACGUAGGAAUUCUCAGCACUAGUAAACUGUAUUCCUUACACGAUAAGAUAUUCGCGUUCACGCCGCAGUUGACAGAUAUGACCCGCUUCUACAUCGCAUCGGACUAUGAGCUCAUGAUUGACAUAUUCAAAGGUGAAAUUAAUUUCUUGAAGUCUAGUUGGCAGAAUAUGUUGGGCCGGCCUCUCGUGGUCAUGCCCCUCAAGAAUAUUCAUCUAGAUCAAGGUAAAAUACCGUUAGCUAUGAUAACUACCUUGAAAAAACUUAAAAGCGGCUACAUCAACGGUACUAGAGUAUCAUUGGGAAACUUGAACGAAUUCUUAAGCACGUCGUGUAUCACGAAUCUUAGUUUCUUGGGAAGUUCCGAGGAUGGCCGUCCUGAUAAACUAAAUCCUCAGCUUCAACAAUAUUUGGAGGAACAUUUAAUGCGGCCGUUCCCUCAUCGUACAGGACUUCUUAAUAAACACGGUCCAAUACGUACAGCAAAAAAUCUGCGGCGCAGGAUGUCCGUGAAAGGCGCGAUAAAAAAAACGCGAUCCAUAGCUGUCGAACCUGAAAUUCUUGGAAUGGCAGGGGAAGACCGUAGGCAUUCUACUAUUUUAAUUGCAAAUCCAUUUAUUGAAGUGACGGAUACCACCUUGUCUCUGAACGCGACUCAACCAGUGGCGAUUGAACGCACACCAUCUCCAACAGACGAGCUAUUAUCGUGGAAAAAUUCUCCCAAAACCAAACAUAGAACAAUAUCUGAGACCCAGUAUGCCGAGACUGAAGUGGAGGAAUUGCUGUCUAUGCUGCGCGAAACGGAAAGUCUUGAAGAACAAGGAGAUAUUUUGCAAUAUAUUGUGGACUCGAAGGGAUUACUUUUCGACACGGGUGUACUAGAAGAGGGACAUCCCGUUCUGGUGAAGGAUUUGCUAAAGAGUCUCUACGAGAAAGCUUGUCAACAGAAAAUGUGGGGUAUCGUGCGACACAGCGCGGGUAUGCUGGGCAAAAGAGUGGAGGAUUUAGCGAAGGCGGUUACCGAUCUACUGGUGCGACAGAAGCAAGUUACGGUUGGCAUGCCACCGAGCAACGAGCAUACGAUAGUCGCGCCUCUACCAGAGAACGAACUGCGAGCUCUGAUUCAUCAGGCAUACGGUGACGACGAGUCGACUGCUAUGUUGACACAAGAACUGCUCGUUUAUCUGGCGAUGUUUAUCAGAACGGAGCCGCAACUGUUCCACGAGAUGCUGAGACUGCGCGUCGGCCUCAUCAUACAAGUUAUGGCGACGGAACUGUCACGAACAUUAAUCUGCACCGGUGAAGAAGCUUCCGAGCACUUGCUAAAUCUGUCCCCUUUUGAGAUGAAAAAUUUGCUGCAUCACAUUAUGAGCGGAAAAGAAUUUGCUAUUAGUAGCGUUGGCCGUGGCAACUUUUCCGUCAUUAGCUGCAAAUCAAAUAGAGUCAGCAAGAAAUCUCAAAUUGGUGGUUUCUUAAGCGCUGAUCAGAAUGUUGAUAAUGAGGCAGAAGCAGAUCGGCAGGGUCAGUGGUUGCGAAGGCGACGAUUAGACGGUGCGUUAAACAGAGUACCGAGAGAUUUCUACCCGCGUGUGUGGCAAGUACUCGAAAAGUGUCACGGUUUAGCUAUCGAAGGAAGAGUACUGCCUCAAAAUCUCACGCAGGAAAUGACAUCUGGCGAGUUGAAAUUUGCAUUAGCUGUAGAAACCGUUUUGAACACUAUACCUCAGCCGGAAUAUCGUCAACUUGUCGUUGAGGCUUUAAUGGUUUUAACAUUAGUGACUGAAUACAACAUUGCACCAUCUUUAGGCGGUCUAAUCGAGGUUGAACAUUUAGUACAUAAAGCGAACGCUAUUUUCUUGGAAGAUCAGAUGGCUAUCGAUGGUGACGCGACGUUAUGUUGUGCAAAACCAAAGGAGCAGCGUGAGAUGACAGCCAUGGGAACACUUCUCUGUGGCGGAGCUGCAUACAUUUGUCAACAUUUUUACGAUACUGCUCCCAGUGGAAGUUACGGAACGAUGACGUAUAUUACAAGAGCCGUCGCCGUGACGCUUGAUUGUCUACCAAAGGAAGGCGAUUUGGAAUGUUCAAUAUCGUAAUAAGUGUAAUUUUAGAAAAGAAAGAUCUACUAUAUUAUGAAUUAUGGCAGAAAGGUUACCAAAAUAAAUAUUUUGAACAAA